AUGGCGGCCGGGGAUUCGCUAAGAUAUCACGCACGCACUAUGAACCCUCCUGGUCCCCCAGCUACCUAUGGGUCGAGAACAAUGACGCUUCACCCAGAAGAACUUGCCGAGACCGAAGGUCAAGAAUCUUCAGGGGAAACCAGUGUUCACUCAGAAGAGAUCGGAACCUUGAAACUUCGUGGUGGGCAAAAUGACAGGAAGGUCAAGUGGGAUAACGGAGUUGUCGACAACGAAGGCAUGGGCAAAAAAAAGUCGAAAAGUAAAUAUUUUACGAUACCCAUACGCAUUCCAAGUGAACUAUAA